AUGGCGCCUCAUUCCGGUGCCUCACCUGGUCCCGCCAUGGAGCAUUAUGGUAAUGGCCAGGCGACUCAUCCGCAGGCUGACGCGAAGGGUCAGAAGCGGAAGCUCGACGAGGCAGCACCAAGUCCUAGCAUUUCUGUCAAUGAGCCCGAGCCGACAGAAGCAACCCAGCCAAAGCGUGCCAGCAAUGCCUUGGAUCCUACGCUACCGCCUGUUGGCACUGUGUAUGAAGCCUUCCAUGACAUGAUGAAGCGCGUUCUUACGAGCGCCGCAACCGUGUCCAAUGACCCGCAGCUUCAAGCCAGUAGAUUCCCGGACUUACGCAAGGUGGCCGAGAAAGGUGGCUUUGUGCUCAACGUUGUCACCAUGUGCUCGGGAACCGAAGCACCAAUUUUCGCCAUGAAACUCAUACAGGAGGUUUUCUUUGCCGAGUGUGGCCUGGAACUUUUCAAGUUCAAGCAUCUCUUCAGUGUCGAAAUCGAGCCUUUCAAGCAAACAUAUAUCAGAAGAAACACGGAUGCCCUACUGUUUCGAGAUGUUUGUGACUUCUAUCCGAAGAACCUGACCGAAGCGCCUACGGCUUUGGGCUCCAUGGAGAAAAUCCCCAAGAACCCAGACAUCCUUUUCGCCGGGACCUCUUGUGUGAGCUUCUCUUCUCUGAACACCCAGAAACAAACAAAAUUUCAUCCGGCAACCAAGAAGCUUCAUACGCUUGUUAUGAACACCCAAAGUGACAACCUGGAUGCGGACCAAGUGCGCCACUGCCUGGAAACGAUUAUGUCCCACAGAGCCGAUAUGGGCGAGUCUGACAGGACAUUUUUCUCGGUGUUAUCCUACAUUCAUAACCAACGACCACCCAUUGUCAUCCUCGAGAACGUGAAGGGUGCGCCAUUCGAAGAUGCGAAGCAGUAUUUCUUCCCUGCCGUUGGCUACGACGCUGAUUUUCUCGCUUGUGACACCAAAGAUUACUAUCUACCCCAGACCCGCGGACGAAAGUACUUGGUCGCUUUCGACAAGUACAAAUUUGGUCUGCGAGCCUUUGGCCGCACCAAUGCUGCUGCCACGGCCUUCGUCAAAUACAUGGAACUUCUCAAGCGAAGAGCCUCCGUUGAUGUCGAAAAAUUCUUCCUGAACCACAUGGACAAAUCAAUUCAGCGAGACAUACAGCAGAUGGAACACGAGAAGUCAGACAAACCACCGCGGGAGGUUUCUUGGGCCUACAGCCAAGUCCGACAUAAUCUUGUUCGCGAAGAAGAGAAUCUUGGUGACAGCUUUCCGCUCUCUGGAAUGAAGAAGACUGGUGAACUGCAGUUUUACGAUCGGGCUGACCAGCUCAUCAUGAAGAAAAUACCCCCCCGCGUGGCAGAGGCUGCUGACAUCAACCUCCUUCGAGGAUGGGUCGCGGAGUACUCCUAUGACAAUAGGUUCAAGGCUCAGCUGAUCGAUUUCAGUCAAAACGUUGACAGGAGCAAAGGGUAUACCUUCGGGUUGUCUCCUUGUUUGACACCCGCUGGCUUUGCUUUCCUAACCAACCAAGUCCGUUUCUUGACUGGUCGAGAAUACUUGAUUCUACAAGGCCUGCCUCCCUCGAUGAUCAACAUUGCCAAUGAGACCUACGAUGAGCUCAAAGACCUCGCGGGAAAUGCGAUGACCACGACUGUUGUUGGCGCAGCGUUCUUAUCUGCGAUUCUCGGUCUCGUCAGCCAAGGCUACAUCUCGGACGAAACCUUUCCACGCGUAGAACAAUGCGGUCCGGACCACAUUGGUUCCCUGACCAUAAGGUACAUCUCGGAGAUCAUCAAGGGAGAUCUCGAGCCUUUUGACAUCCUCGAUUUGUGGGCGCCUCGGCAGUCAUCCGUGGAGAAUAUCAUUGCUCUGGCCGCAAAAUACCGUAGCUAUUGCUACUGCAAUGGUAUCACCAUGUACAGCUCCCGGCAUCUUUACCGUUGCAGGAUAUGUGGUACGAUACGGUGCGGAAAUUGCAAAGGGAAUCCUCGACAUGACUACGAGAAGCUUGACCUUGUGCCAUCUCCUAUUGGUCACGAGGAAGCGACUAAUCUCUUUAUGAAUCGCCUGCCGCCGGUCAUCGAAGGCUUGUUCGAUAAUAAGCUAUCCGAAGCCCUCACGCGAGAGUUCGAUCACUUGCCAGAGUCGACAUCCGAGUCUUUUAGAUCUAAACUCAAGAAUGCGAUCUUCUGCUUUGAAAAGAUCCACCUUGCUGAGACUAUCUCAAUCUUCUAUUCCAGUGGGACUUGGUUCGACCUCAAAAUUAUGGUCGAUGAACACAGUGUCACCUGGUAUCUAUUCAUGAAUACGCGCUCAAUCCUCAUUCCGGCUGCAGACUCCGCCAAUCUGGAUUUCGGUACUUCUGACAAGGGAAAACACAUCAGACAGUUCUGCCUAAGAGGCAAACCAUUUGCACGCGCCAGAUUGACCCCACGAUCUGCAUUCGAUGCGACGAGAAGCGAAAACAGCACAGGCACUUCCAGUAUUCCCAAGGGCGGUGACUGGGCUUUCUGGGCCUUUGAUCAGGCUUACCGGGUUGGCAAUGAUCGAUCCAACAGUCUGCUCGUCAAUGUCCAGAGGCACGAGGACGGCCCUGAUGGCAAGCAAAGCAUCACAGUCUCACCAAGGGGGGACUAUCACAGCGGCGCCAAAGUUCGAGCCGUGGUCAAUCUUCUUUAUGGUACGUACAUACGCCAGCCUCAUUGCGAUACUGCAGAAAAUUCCUUGUAUGUUCAUCAGGAAAAUGAAGAUCUGUACCUCUUCAAGGACCCAGCAAGAUAUGUGGACGCGAAACUUGAUACUUUCGUCUUGUCAAAGAACCCGCGACUCAUUCAAGCUCAUGAGCAUAGAGAGGUUCUGCUCGAAUUCGUUCCUCUGGAAGAUAACUCGAAGCAGCUGCACUUUCUCGACGUUGGAACACACCUUCUCAAGGAGAAGCCGUGUCCACCUGCCACUCUGCACACGGGGCUCAAGCAACUUCAAGUCGCUCGAGGGCCAUUUCAGUCGUCCACUGUAUGCGUCAACAACAACCACGUGAUGGCAGAGAUGACUAUUGACAGACUGCACUUGCCACAGCCUCUGGCCUUGCAGCAAGCACGUUGGAAUUUUGACAAGACUAGAGACUGGGUUCUCAUCCCCAGUGCCAACCAUGCCGAGCUGUUUAAAUCAAUCGCUUUCGUUCUCCCCACCUUGAGCUGGGCCCUGCCGGAUUUGACUAUCGACAACUUGCACGUUGGCGCAAGCCUGUGCGUAACUUGUACAACUUCUCUGCCUCAGACUCACUGGAUUUUGACCUCUGAUUGCAAGAAAUGGAUACCUAUCAACAAACCUGCCGAAGUUCACGCUUUCGAGACUGGCCUGAGACAUCAGGCUUCUGCAUUCCAAGUCUACUUGGCUUUCGGCAUGGACAACCAGGACAGCAAUUAUUUGUCCAUCAGGAUCGUGAUGAACUCGAACUACCUUGCUCAUCGUGCGUUGUCUCUGUUGCCCAACAUCGAGCACACUCUGCAGUAUGCUCCUCCUACUGUAUCUUUGAAAGCAAUGAUCGAGGCGAACCACUCGGACUCACUAUUGGCAAACUUCCGUCCCUUUUCCAAUUCUAUAACAGUUUUGGAUGAGGGAAGUCGAUCAACCCAACAACCCUCCUUCGUCAAUGGUAACAUACUUCAUGCUGAGCAGCUUGUGACUGUUGCUUGGAUGUUAGAAAGGGAAAAGCAUCCUGAGACUUUUGUGGAGCGCGAAGAUGUCGAGGAAGUGCCUAGAGACUCUGCAUUUCGCGUUGUUGGCCGCGCAGAAAGGACUGUCAAAUGCGCUGGUGGUAUCGUUGCGGAUGAUGUUGGAUUCGGAAAGACAGUGAUCACCCUUGGUCUCAUUGCUCUGCAAAGACAGCAUGAUCUCGAUGGCUUCACACAGCGCAAGGCCGAGCAAGUCAAGAGUGGCCUGCAAGCACUAAAUGCCACACUUAUCAUUGUUCCAUCACACAUUGUCAAGCAAUGGGAGGAUGAGGUCAAGCGUUUCAUCACGGAAAAGUUCGUAUCGAUCUCCCAACAUGGCGAUCUCAAAGAGUUCAGAAAUUUACACGAAGCCCGGAUUGUCAUCGUCAGUGAUAGCCUGCUCGCAGAACGCACCUAUCGUGCGCAACUUUCCAAGUGGGGCUCUAGGCCCGAGCAUGAGAAGCCGUCUUCCGCUUCUAGAGAUAGGUCAUACGAGUUUUGGCAUAGCCAAUGCGUUGCCAACAUUCGCAAGCAUCUGGGUCGCUUUCUGAAUAGCACAGACAGGGGUGCUCAUGAGAAGCUAGCCUUUGAUAUCUCGGGGCAAUAUUCCAGUGUUGUUGACGAGAUCCGGUCGAUGACGGAUGAGUGUGUUCAGAAAAGCUCACGCAAAAUCACACCAGGGAACCAGGAUGCCGAUGCGCAGUCUAAACUGGACUCGAAGACUCCUCCGCCGAUCAGCCAUGAAAAACUUUUCAUGCACGAAGACCCAUUUCUCCUGGAGUUUUUCAGCUGGUCUCGCAUUGUCUGGGAUGAAGUGAGCUAUAACAAUGUGGAAGUAGCUCAGUUUGUGUCGACAGCUUCAGCACCACAUAAGUGGCUCCUGUCAGGGACGCCACCCAAGCAGACUCUUGCAGAUAUCACCAACUUGGCAAGAGUUCUGGGUCUCCAUAUUGCACGACCCAUUGACCUUCGUCUUGGACUUCCAAGAAUCUGCCGAGGUCCAGAACUAUCUCCUCGAACGGAGGUCGAAGAGUAUCACUCACAUGGGAAGCUAUUUUCGGACAAGAUCGCCACGAUGCGGCAUGAACAAGCAGAAAUGUUUCUGCAAAGUUUCUCCUGUGCCAACGAGUCUCCAGUCCUUAAGGUUAAGGUGCAUAAUCAUGUCGUCGUUUCAUCUCCAACCCUUGCAGAGGUGGCAUUCUACGAGGAUAUGCAGCAAAGUUGGCGAAGAGCGCAGAUGACGCUCGAUCAGGUUGAACCGAAGGCUUUUUCACAGAUGCUCGAGCACACGGGGUAUAAAUCAGGUCCGAUCCCCAAGAACCUAGCCGCAACAUCCCUGGUCUAUGCAGCUUCACUCCCAAAGGAAGGCACAACUCUGAAUGACAGCCGCGAGGAUUGUGUUCAAAAUCUGCAGGAGACCAAACGAUACAUGAAACUCCUCUUCGACAGAAUCUUAUGGCUAGCCAACCGUCUCAGCAAAUGCAACUAUGCUGAUUCCGACAAGGACGGGCUCUAUACUGUAACAGCAACCUUCCGACGACUGCUUGAUGGUCUUCAAGAUGGCAAUUUUGGCAUAUAUAGUGGAGUAGACACAUAUUGCAUAUUGCUCAAGGCUGUAUUUCCCAACUUGACCGUCAAAAGGAGCGAGCUCCUUCGACAAGCGGUCUCAUCCGAAGGACUAGAUUUGCUUUCUUUACAGAUAGGCGAAAUUACUCCGAGGCAGAUCGACCCGAUUGACUCGACCAAAUCACACAUGCAGCUUCUGAAUGACCUGUAUUCGAUCAGGGGCAUUACAUGGACAAACUUUUACACGAUAAAGGUUGAAAAGGUCUCGGAGUACGACAGACACAACCUUCUCGAGUUGCUGCGGGAACAUAUUCCAUCUGUUGAUGCAAUGUCUCUAUCCGAUGACAAUCUGACGGGAUUGGUUGUCAGCUAUUGCCAUGGACAGAGUCCUCCUCGAGCACAGUCAAAGACGACAAUUGGGGAGAAGAUCGCAAACCUGACAAAAGAAGGAGCUCAAGUCGAGUGUCGAAUCCGAGGUCUGAAGUAUACGAGCGCCACGUCAGGAAAAGAUAUGAGAGCCCUGUGCCUCAAAGACGAAGCUGGAGGGGCUGGCUUGGAAAACUACGCAUUCCCUACGCCCAAAGCUGCAGCUCCCGGAGAGAACAUUCCCUUACUCAACAAGAAGAAAAGAAUACGCGGUGCUAACGUAUCCGUCACUCGGAAUGCUUUCCGGGUUGCAGUCAACAUGUUCAUCAAGGGACUGAGACUUCUCCAUGCCAAUGGCAAUCAGUUACGACGUGCCGCUGUCUUCUGCAGUAUCAACGAAAGUAAGGCGGCCAGGGCCAACGAUUCCGCGGAUAUGCAGGUGCCCCGUUGUUUUGACUGCAGCAGCACCACCAACCUCUUUCUUAUCUUCGAAUGUGGGCAUAUACUCUGCCAGCAAUGCAAGACCGGCAAGGAACUGUGCGGCGACGGCACCACUGCCUGUCCUUCGGUGCUCGAGUAUAAUGCAACUGCCCUGGCGACUGUGAAGAAAGAAGGCAGAGUACUGAAGCUCUCUGACGUGUUGAACAGCCCGCCCCAUGAUCGAGAACCCGCCACGGGCACACCUGAGGUCAAGUCAACUCCCAAGCAAGUUCAGAUGAAGCCACCGCCCAAAAAACCUCAGGUCAAGCCAUCCUCCAAAAAAUGUCAGAUGUGGAGCAGCAAGAUCCAGUCAAUUGUCGACAUUGUCAAGCAGAUUGAUCCUGACCAGAAAGUCGUUGUCUUUGCACAGUAUGACCUUCUUCUCGAGACGAUCCUGAAAGCUCUCAUUGCGGAGAACAUCAAGGCCGAGACUACUGCAAUCCUGAACAGCAAAACAUCCGCUGGCACCGACAAAGAAGCAGAUGGCGCCAAUUCAAAGAUUAUACAGGCUUUCAAGGAGAAGGGCGGUGCCCAAGUCCUUGUUCAGAAGCUGAACUCAGCUGAAUCAGCUGGCAGUAAUCUCACCGUGGCGAACCACGUCAUUUUUGCAGCGCCUCUCAUCACAGAUAACCAGGAUGACUAUGAUGCUUUCAUGAAGCAAGCCAGGGGACGAUGUUACCGAAGGGGUCAAACAAGAGACGUCCACAUCUAUCACUGUGUUGUGGAAGGCACCUACGAGGUAAACUUGCUCGGACUGCGAAAUAAGUCGCGCAUCACUGCAGAGCAUGGUCGUGCCCUCGGACAACUCAUAUCCGCUCGCCCUCUGGCUGAAGAUGGCUCCGAAGCGCAUGUCACUCCAUCAGCUUUGACUGACACGGAGGUUUGGAAGGCUACGGGAGAGAUCGACUUCAUGACAACCCUUGGCUUGGCCGAAGAAGUGUUCAGAGUGCAUGGCGUGCAGUCCCACGACGAGGCUAGGAACGAGGCAUGGAGUACUACCGUCACCAACAACACCGAUGAUGACACAGCUGCAGCCGACACAGCAAUGGAAACAUCGGCUGCUGCCUCUACCGAUGCAACUACAGCAGUCGCAUCAACCUCAAAUGGCACGCAAGGCGCGGAGGCCGAGCCGUCAGACCGCAUGGAUCUUGAUUAA